AUGCUAGGAGUCGCUACCCCCAAAAGUUUUAAGCAAUCUCCGCCUUCGCUCGACCGCCAAGUCGUCGAGCCAAGCACCCGAGCGACCCAAAAUACUACAACAGAUCUCGUGGACUUGGCUGGAUCGAACACUGCAAGUAAAUGCAGCUCGUACAGCUCUGAUAGAGAGCUCAGGCUCCCCAGCUACACACCCCUAGGCCCGAACGAAAUCCGCCUCGUUCAACUCCUCCCCGGACCUGAUAAUGUGCCUAUCGAGCUGCAGAUUCUCCCCAAUGUGCUCCUGGAAAACAUGCCAAAAUACGCUGCGGUAUCCUACGUAUGGGGGGAUCCUGACUCCACACGCAGCGUAAGAAUCAAUGGUUCUUUAGUUGAAGUAACGUCCAACCUUACAGAUUUCCUCUGGUGCCAAAGGAAGAAAUUGCAAGAUUCCUCCAGUUCCGUAACUCUAUGGAUCGAUGCCAUCUGUAUCAAUCAAAAUGAUGUCCCGGAAAGGAACUCUCAGGUCUUGUUGAUGGUUCAUAUUUAUCAAAGAGCAGAAAGAACCAUUAUUUGGCUUGGUAAGGAGAGAGCUGAGCACGAGCGGGUAUUUGAUCUUCAUGAUAGGAUCUCGAAAGCUGCUGGCUUGCAUGAAACAACCGAGGCUGAGAAAAAGAUAUUGGAUUGGUCAAGCGACAAUGAAAAUAAGGAUUUUGCCAUGGAAUGCUAUGACUCCUAUAGUUAUCUUGUGUCUCUCCCGUGGUUCCAUCGGAUAUGGGUCAAGCAGGAGUAUAUAAUAUCACCUGUCGUGGAGGCUCGACUCGGCAAUCGACAGCUCGAAUUGACCGACUUUGUGGCACUAGGAAGGAUGAUUUACAGAAAUACAAUUAUACUAACUGUUCUCCUUGAUCAUCUCUCCAGACAAGGUCGUGACGAAUUACAAUCUCCCGCAGAUAUGGGUCUUAGAGCUAUCACGAAAAUCGAGCGAGAGAGGUAUGCUAGACACCGAUAUCUCAAACGGAAAUUGCUUCAUCUACUGUAUGAAUUUCGAGAUUCGGGAGCGACAGACCCGCGAGACAAAGUAUAUGGUAUCCUCGGUCUACUAUCCAAUUCACCUGAAUGGGACGAUACGCAGAGGAUAUUGGUACAAGGUAUGAUCCGAGUCUGUUGA